GAAAACGUCAAACACAAAAACGAAAUUCCACCAACUAAACGUCAAAAAAAAUAACCUUAAAGAAUAAUUCUUGCAUUUUCAUUUAAUAAUAAAAGUGGUGAUUAUGGCAGCCACUGACGAAAAUUUCGAACAGUUUGAAGAGGACGAGGGGGCUGAUACUAACUUAGUCCUGUGUAGUGCAGGCCGAAAGCGCCUUUUUAGCAAAGAGUUGCGUUGCAUGAUGUACGGCUUUGGCGACGACCAAAACCCUUACACCGAAAGCGUCGAUAUUAUCGAAGACCUUGUGAUCGAAUUUAUCACAGAAAUGACCCAUAAAUGUAUGGAGAUUGGAAGGACGGGGCGAGUUCAGGUGGAAGAUAUCGUUUUUCUAGUAAGAAAGGACCCACGUAAAUAUGCAAGAGUUAAAGAUUUACUCACAAUGAAUGAGGAACUGAAACGUGCACGUAAAGCUUUUGACGAAAUUAAGUUCGCAGGGAAAGACGCUCUUAUUAAUUGAAAUUAUUGUCCUCAGUUAUUGUAACAAUUUAUUUCUUUUGUACAAGACAACAAUAAAUCAUUUAUAAAAA